AACACAUGGUAUGGGUUCAAACUAUUCUAAACCCAUAUUUCAUACCUUAACACCCAAUCUGUCUUUUGCUAUUACUGCUUGAAUUCUUCUUGAAAUUGGACUGAUAUCUCCCUAACAUUGUAAAAUCAGUGCAUGUUUGAGAGAGUUCCUUUGGAGGUUUGUGUUAUGGAUAUCAUUUAAUUUUGGCAGAAUCUUUGGAGAAUAGGUCCUGUUUCUAUAGAAGGUUCAAUAUCAUGGUUUAGAAGCAGAGUGUGUGAUUGAGUUUUGCUUUGGGAUAAUGUGACAUAUGCAUAAUAUUCAAGUCUUGCUUUGCUCGUGUAGUAUGCUAUUAAAGCUUUUGUUUGGUAUGAUGACAUCAUUAUUUUCUGGUUGUCCUUAACUGACCUUUACGCUCAGAGAAUGUGUGGAGAAAUUGCAGCUUCUGAAGACUCCAGAAGAACGCCAACGAAGGUUGAAUGAAGUUCCAGAAGUUCAUGCAGAUCCAAAAAUGGAUCCUAGCUGUGAGUCUGAUGAUGAGAUUGAACAUGAUAAAAGACAAGCAAGUAACAUGAGACCAAGAGAAAGUGGUCAUUUCAGAAGGGGUAGAGAUCAUUAUUCAUCACGGAGUGCAAAUGCAAGACCUCCGAACAAGAGUUGGGAACCAGGCAGAAUUUUUCCAGUAAGGGUUUCUCAAACAGAAGGGACGAUACUAUUCUUUCCCCACAGAGAAGUGAGCAUACUUGGAAUAAUGGGGUAGACAAUGGUACACCUAAGUCAAAUAGUUGGGAGAAACCAAGGAGUACUCCGGAUUCGUUGAUGAGCAAUCGGGCUGAACAUUCUGGGAUACGAUCAGAUUUAUCUGUGGCGGCUGCAUCAGAACCUACUCUGCCUUUAUCUUCUGCAGCAGUACAAACUGAUGGACAAAUUGAUGAGAAAGAAAAAAUGUGGCAUUAUAGAGAUCCAACUGGGAAGGUCCAGGGACCAUUCUUUAUGACACAGCUUCGUAAAUGGAGUAGCACAGGAUACUUUCCUGCUGAACUAAGAAUUUGGAGAGCCUCCCGAUGAUUCUAUUCUUCUAACUGAAGCAUUAGCUGGAAAGUUUCAGAAGGAUCCCCGCUCCGUAGGAUCAAAUUUAGAUGUUAGCUCAAAUAUUAGGAAUACACUGCCUAUAACGGAUGCUUCCAAACUCUCUGGUAGCAGAUAUGAUUCCUCUAACCUCCCAUCUCCAACUCCUAUACGAAGCCCAGCUGCCUGGAGUGGAAUGCAAACUUCUAGUUCUUUUAAGUCGACUAAUCAAUUUCGAGGGAACGAACGAUUACCUUCUCCUACCCCCACAUCACCUGCUUCAAAUCCAAGCGGUGUGGAUAAGGCCAAAUUUUCUCAACAAUCUAAGGGCGAAGUAGCUGGGAACAAGCCAGAAAAUGUGGCAGCACCUAUGGGAACAGUUCAACAUGCUCCUGUUCAGUUUGUCUCCAAUAAGGUAUGGUAAAUGCCCAACAAAUGUCAUCACAAGCAAGUUUACAUGCAGCAGCAAAUCAGCCAUUUGUCCCUUCUGAUACCACAAUGAACCUAACGAAAGUGGGACCCAAUGCUUUGGGUGCUGGUCAGGGCUUCUCCAACAUUGUUCAACCAGGCACUGAACAAAAUCCUCCUGUCUAUACUCACAAUUGGGGAGCUGGUUAUGUUGCAAGACCAGAAAUGGUGAAUGCAAAUGUGUCGACAUCCAAUAAUCAAAAUGCUUUGCCCGCACAAGUCUCUUAUAGUCAGUGGACUGGUGCUGCUGUAAAUAACCAGCCUCCACCUUAUGCUGCUGGAUAUCCUCCAGGACAAGGGAUUAUUGCCGCAAACUUUCCUGCUAUGCCUGCAAACAAUGCUUGGAGACCUACUCAGGCCAACAUGCCAUGGGGCGCACAACAGCAACAGCCAGUUAACCAAAAUGUAGGAUGGUCUGGGCAACCAGCUGUUGCUAUGGGCCAACAAUUGACUAGCCCUUCACCAGGAGCACCAGCUAUGGUUGCUGCGCAGCCAACUGUAGGUUGGACGGGUACAGGACCCAAUCCCUCUGCUGGAAACAGUAACAUGGUUUGGGUUGCUGCACCUGGGAACACAGGUGCAUGGGGAGGUGAUCAGAACCGCAAUGAUGGAGGGGCUCGUGAUAACCGCAAUGACGGAGGGGCUCAAUGGAACAGGCAGUCAUCAUUUGGCAGUGGAGGACAAAGAGGAGUCUGCAGAUUCCAUGAAAACGGCCAUUGCAGGAAGGGUUCGUCAUGUGAUUUUAUGCACUCUUGAAUUUUCACAACAGUAGUAGAUACUAGAUAGUAUCUUCUCAUGUACAGUAAUUUUCGUCCUUGGAGGAGGGGUAGCAGCUCAUUAAUAUUAUAGAUACUUGUAUGUCACAUGCUUAAAUAAUUGUUAUCAGCAGCACCCCUAAUUUUCCUCCCUUUUGGUAUUGUCAGUUCUCUGACCGGUGUAAUAGUGGAUUUUGUAGGGGGGCUUACAGUUAGCAGUAGUAAAAAAAAUG